AUGAGAAAAUCAGCUGGAAAAUCACGUCCUCCACUUCCAUUUGGAAUGAAUUCUGGCAAUAAUGUAUCAAGUUCAAAUAAAGGAAAUCAUUUAAAUGUUCCUAAUGAAAGUACAUCUUCAUUUUAUGGUGUAUCUGAUUCAACUAUAAUUUCAUCAUCAACAACAUCAAAUGAUCUUGAUGUUAGUACACUUAAUGAUGAUGAAGUACGAGAACGUUUUAAAUCUGUUAUGGAUGAUUUAUUCGAAGGAAAUGAAACAAAAAAGAAAAUGUUUGAACAAACAACAACAGCACAUAUGAGAGAAAUGCUUAUUUCACAUUAUAAACUAGCUACGAAUGAAAUGAGUGGUCCUAAAUCACCUGAAUAUCAAAUUCAAUGUUUAAAUAAUGUUACUAUUGAUAAUAUUAAUUCAAAAAAUAGUAAAGAAACAUUUGAACGUGUUGCAUUUUCAUUAAAAAAAUAUGGUUUAAAAUGGAGUAAAGUAUUCAGUGAAAAUUAUAAUGGUCCAAAUGCAAUGCUUAAAGCAAUACGAGCAUGUAUCAGUAAAAUUCAAUAUACACGAGAAAAAAUUAAUCGUGAUGGUGAUGAACGUCGUGAAAAACAAAAUACAUUGUAUGAAAUACUUGCUGCUGGUAUUGAAGCAUUUAAAAAUUAUCUUAAUCUUGGUUGGAAUUUUAAUUCAAUGAAAGAAUCACUUGCAAAAGAUAUAGCUGAAAUAACAAUUGAUGUAUUAAAUAUUUUAUGUGUGGAAAUUGAUGAACGUUCAAAUAAAACUAAACUUACAUGUGCUAUUCUUUUAUUUGCAUUGGCUAUGCCAAAUGAAAAUAAUCCUUCUAAUGGUCAAAAUAUAGUUCAACUUCUUUCAAAAUCUGCUCAAAAAUGGUGUCCUAAUCGUGAACGUUUCGAAUGUUUAAUUCAUGAACUUGAUGGAACAAUAGAAAUAGCUAGUAGUUUUUUAAUGUGUAUCAAUGCUAUAUUUGUUACAUUAUCAACAGAACAUCGAUAUCAUUUACGUAGUGAAUUGUUUCGUUCUGGUUUUAAAUCACGUUUUGAAGAAUUACAAAGACGAGUCAAUGAAUGUGAAGAUCCAAAACAAAAAGAUAAUUUAUUAACACAAAUAAAUUUAUUUCUUCGUCAUGUUGAUGAUGAUUAUCAAUCAAUGAAUAUUAAACUUGAAACAAUAUCUAAUACAUGGGCUGAUCUUCAAGCUUGUUUUGAUUAUUUAUAUGGUUUAGUAAAAAAUACAUCAUCAGAACCUAUACUAUCAAGUAUUAUUAAUCGACUUAUUUGUAUUCGAGAUGAUCCAGCUAUUCGUUAUUCUUAUCUUCGUUUAAUUGAUGAAUGUAUAACACGUAUUGUUUUUUCAAAAUCAGCAUGUGAUCCUGAUUUUGAUACAUAUUCAAUGGAUAGUGAAUCAAUUGGAGAUUCUGGUUUAGGUUUAAAUGAUCAUAUAUCAUCAGUACGUAAUGGUUCAUUACAUGAUUUAUCACAAAUGGCAGGAAAUGCUAUCAAUAAUGUAACAGUAACAGAAAAUGAAAUACAAAUUAAUUUAAUGAAAGAACGUGUUGAACAUCUGGAAAAAAUAAGAGAAAAAUUAACAAAAGCACUGGACAAUAUUUUAAGCAAAGUUGAUACAGAAACAGCAAUAAAUUUUAAAAAACAAUACACUGAUAUUUUUGGAGAAUCAAUAUCGAUUACUGGAUCUGCUAGUAACAUUCCACCACCACCACCGCCUCCUCUUCCACCAUCAAUGGGAAACAUACCGCCACCACCAGCACCACCGAUGCCGCCAUCAUUAGGAAAUAUUCCGCCACCACCUCCAUUGCCUGGUAACUUAAUGCCACCACCUCCGCCACCAGGAAAUAUACCACCACCACCUCCUCCUAUGCCAGGUCAGAAUAAAUCGUGUGGCUUAUUUGCUUCUUUUGCUUUUGCUUGUCUCAUACCACCAGCACCUCCAAUGAUGACAGAAGGUGGUGUGCCACCGCCACCUCCUCCACCAUUUCCAGGAAUGACAGGUAGUGAGGGUAUUCCACCACCACCUCCACCAUUUCCGGGAAUGACCGGUAGUGGAGGUCCACCACCUCCACCUCCACCCUUCCCUGGAAUGACUGGUAGCGGAGGUCCGCCACCUCCACCUCCGCCAUUUCCUGGAAUGAUCGGUAGCGGAGGCCCACCACCGCCUCCACCGAUGAUGAACAUGAAUGCUCCUCCACUUGGUCCACUACCAUUGCCUGAAUAUUUACCAAAAAAACAAAAAUAUGUUGUUGGUGAAGCUGUAAAAAAAGUGGCUUGGAAUAAAAUAAAUCCGCAAUCAAUAAAAAAAGAAUCAAUUUGGGCAAAUAUUGAUGAAAAAAAUUUUCAAAAUAAAGUAUUUUUUACAACAAUUAAAGAAAAUUUUGCUACAAAAUCAGCUCCUGCAGUUAAAAAUCUUGCUGAUAGUGAUAAUGAAUCAUCAUCAACAACAACAACAACAAAGAAAACAAAAGAAUUUCGUGUACUUGAUCCACGUGCUGGUCAAAAUUUUGCUAUUAUGUUUAGUCAAUUAAAAUCAACUCCACAACAAUUUCGUCAAUGGCUUCUUGCUUGUGAUAGUGAACAUUUAACAAGUGAUUUACUUGCUCAAUUAGAUAAAUCACUUCCUACUCCAGAAGAAUUAAAAAAACUUUCAGAAAUAAAAAAUGAAAUACAUGAAUUACCUGAUGCUGAACAAUAUUUUUGUGCUGUCAGCGAUAUAAAACGUUUACAACAACGUAUUAAAAUACUUCUGUUUAAAAGUCAAUACAAAGAAUCACUCGAAGAAACAGAAAAGAGUUUUGUUGCUGCACGACAAGCCUGUGAGACAGUUCGUCGUUCUAAACGUUUUCCAAAAUUAAUUGAACUUGUAUUAACAAUUGGUAAUUAUAUGAAUUCAAGUGGUAAAACAUAUGAGCCAAUAUAUGGUUUUGAUAUUAGCUUUCUUCCAAAAUUACAUUCAACAAAAGCUAAUGAUGGUAAACGAACAUUAUUACAUUUUAUUUUACAAGAAAUUGAAAAAGAUCAUGCAGAUUUAUUAAAAUUUGGUGAUGAAUUUCAAGGUGUUGCUGAAGUAGCAUCAAAAAUUGAUACUAAUGAAUUACAAAGAAUAUUAAAUGAAAUAAAAUCCCGUGUUAAUAGCGCACAAACAGAUUUAGAUAAUGCAAAAAAUUCACCAGCAGAUUCGAUACCAGGUGAUCGUUUUGCUCAAAUAAUGGAAGGUUUUGUUAAAAUAGCACGAGAUGAUAUUGAAAGAUUUGAUGUUUUGAAUACUAAAAUGAUAAGUGCAUAUCAAGAUUUAUGUGAUUAUUUAGCAAUUGAUCCUAAAAAAUGUCCAUUAAAUGAUUUUUUUACUGAUUUAAAAACAUUUUGUACGAUAUUUUUAUCAUGUUUACAAGAAAAUCGUCUAUGGCGUGAACAAGAUGAAAAAGCUAAACGUGCUCAAAUGUCAAAACAACUUGUUGAUGAUAUACGAAAGAAACAUCGUGCAGAACCAAAAGCCGAACCAAAAACAUUCUUUAAACCAAGCGAUGAAGAUACUGACGUUGUAUCAAAUCUUAUGUCUGUUCUCAAAGAUGCUAAUAUGACAUCACAACCAAGGCGAGUUCGUCGACCACCAGAAGUUGAAACAUUUGCUGGAGUAUUGAAUGAAUUGAAUACUAAUCGAGUAAAUCAACCACCAUCUUCAGUUGGAGGUGAUAUUCGAUCUAAUCAUAGUCGUCCACCACCACCACCGCCACCAUCACAUUCAUCACAUGGUGACACUCAACAAACACAGCGUCAAAUACCUCCACCUAUACCAGCACGAAAUUUUCGAUCUACUAGGGUAGAAUAA